UGUUCUGUUUGUGUGAAGUUACUAUAAAACUAUUGCAUUUAAUCGAUUUGAAAUAUGGGGUCAACAGACGAACUGCAGGCAUUUUCUUACACAGUUGCAGAACUGUCCAGUGAGUACAUAGGGAGAUUUUCCAGCGCAGGAAAAUGUACCUGAUCUACUAAAAAAUUUGGCUGAACAAGCAGGUGGCAUUGAGUUUUUCGACAGUGACGGUGUAUUGAGAGUAAAGGGUAGUUGGUCGUCUGUCAGUAAUGCCCAGUCGUUUUUUGUCGAUUUUUUAAGAACUUACACCGAAAGUAAAAUUGUAGAUGAGCCACUUGAUGAUUUUUGCGAGCAGGAGGAAAAAGUCUUGCCAGAAGUAUCAGAUAAUUUAACUCCGCCGUUGGCAUCAGUAGACGUUGUAGAGGAUGAAAUUAUGGAAUAUUUGAGCCGAAAAGCACUGGCCACAUGUACGGUACCAGUAACAAGGAAGCGUUCAUUUGUAAAUGGAAAGCCAAACACCUUUUCUGCUGCAAGCAGUAUUCCAGAUCCCAUAGUGUUACUGAAUUCACUAGAGCAUCACAGAGAGUUUUCCAGUACACCAGCUGUGCAGAGGAUCUCAAGAAAGAAAUCAAUAAAAGUGCUUAGAAAUCUUUAUGAUAUUGAUAAAAAUAUAAAGUGUUUAAAAACCUCAAAAGUUUCUAUUUCUAAAAAAAGGUCUGGACAGAAUAAAAACAGAGCUAUAAAAACAGAGAAUCUCCCAGCAAAAAUUGAGAAUACUUCUGCUGAAAAUAUUGAGCAACACCCACAAGAUGCCGCUGUGAAAACUGGAUUAGAAGAUAAGAGUGAUUCUUCAUGCCAUGUAACCACUGCUGUGGAAAAUUGUUCGUCUGUCAUUCAUGAUGGUAAGCCAUGCAAAGAAAAUGAAAGUUUAGAUUCAACAGAAAAAGCAAUUCUAUGUAAAACUGAUGACACUGUAACCAACAGCAUUGACGAAACACCCAAUGAUGACAAUAUUGUUUACUGUGAUGAUGAUAUUAAGGAUCCAGAUUACAUUAUUGAGGAGAAAAACUCCAUUUUGAAAAGCAAAAGAAAAGUAAGUAAAACAUUCACACCACAGACUAACAAAAUUAAAACAAGAUCCUCAUCUGUUAAAAAAAUUCCAGAGGUAAAAAUAUUACCUGUUAAAAAAGGCAGAGGUAGGCCCAAAAAAACGGCACCAAAGAAGUUGGAAAAUUCAACCAAAUUUACAACUACAAAAGUACACAGUCCACACAAGUCUGCAGGAGUCUCACUUGUAAAAAAGGAAGAGUGUGUUGAAUUGGAGGACACUGAAAAUAACAGAGGUCGAUCAAAAGCAGGUUGUUCCAAAGUCAACAAGGAGUACAAAUGCAAGUCAUGUCCUUAUGUUACUCCAAGGAAAUUUCACUUGAUAGAACACGAAAAAAGACGGCAUAUGACAAAAACAUUUAAAUGUGAAAUUUGUAACAAAAUAUUUGGCUUUGGUAAAGACUUGAAUAGGCAUAGAAAUACACAUUUAAAGCCAGAGAAUUGUUGCGAUAUUUGUGGGAAAUUGUAUAAAGGUGUGAAAACCCUUGCACAACAUAAACUUACUCAUGAUUCAAAAUAUGUGAAGCCAGAGUUCUCUUGUGAGGUUUGUAACAAGACAUUUAGUACAAAGUAUGUAUUGGCCUAUCAUAUUAAGUCAGAGCAUUUGGGAAUGAAGAGACGAUUUAUUUGUCCAACAUGUGGCAAAAGCUUUUCUCAGAAAAACUCUUACAUACAACAUGCAAAUGUUCACAUGGGAUAUAAGCCCUUCCGUUGUGAAGUUUGUGGAAAGUGUUUUUCAUAUGAUAAAUCAUUAAAGGAGCAUAAAUUUAUGCAUGAUGAAAAGAAACAUUUUAACUGCCCCAUUUGCAACAAGGCAUUCAGACAGUCAUCGGCUAUUACCAUUCACUUGAAGGUACACAAGGAAACAAAGGACUAUGUUUGCAGUGCAUGUGGAAAAGGCUUCAGUCAGAAACAAGCUCUGGUUCGUCAUGAGAGGAUCCAUUUGGGUGAAAAACCAUUUUCUUGCCAACUCUGUCAGCGUACAUUCACAGAUUCUUCAGUUUUGAGACGACACAUGAUCCUCAUUCAUAAAAAAGACCCUAAAAAGUGGAGAGAAGAUACAAAGCAAAAUACAGCCCGACGUGCUGAUUUUUUCAUUAGUGUUAUUGGAGAUAUAACUCGAGCUGAUGCUGGAGAAGCAUUGUCUGAGCCUGCAGAUGUCAGUAAUGGUAAUCAGAUGGAUGAGGAAGAAACUGUAAAUUUGGCAGAAGACACCGAAGAUGUCAAAGGGACAAUUAAUAUAUCAUCUGUAUCUGUUGCAAGUCAAGGACCUCCCAUGGGCCUUGGAGUGGAUGGCAGUCAUGAAGCAGCAACACUUCAGCAGGCGAGUCCGCAGCAGCCAUCUCAGCUAGGUAUGCCUGUGGAGGUGGCUAUAGUUAACUCUGGCCAGCAGCAGUUUCACUCAACACGACCAUUUGCUGACAUCAUCCCAAAGUCAGAAAUCCAAAUCCAGCAUGCCAUCAUGCUUCCUGAAGAACAAAUUCUGGCCUCACCCCAGAUUGAACAUGUGGAUAGCAAGGCAUAUCUACAUGUAUUAGACCAAAGAGGUGAAGGGUUUAUUAAUCAAACUCAUCCUUCCAUUCUUCCAUACAAUCUGAUGGGGACAGCAGACUACAGCAAUGCAAUGGUGAUGGUGUCCGAAGUGUCUUCAGCAGCAUUUGCCUCUGCAUGUAGUAAAGCCACUUAUUCUCAACCACAAUAUGUUGAUCCUAGCAUAUCUACUGCUAAUCAUGGCAAUCCUUACACAAAUUACCAGCCACCAGAUGGAUAGUUAAUUUAAUCUUGAUUAUAUCUUGAAACAUCCACUAAUUUGUGUAUCAAUUAUAUUCAGGGCUAGCUCUGGAUCAGCUGAAAAUUUCACCAAAUUAUCUACUAAGCUUAAAAAAUUUCAGUUAUUUUCUAACAAAAUAUCAAUUAUUACAUGAAAUAAAUUUGCCAAAUUAAUAUAAAAUUUGCCAGUUAUUUUUGAAAUUCACAAUUGGCAAAUUUGGUGAGUGCCAGAGCUAGCCCUAAUAUUGUCUUUUGUUUCAUAAAAAACAAAAAGUACUGUCCAGAGCAAUAAAGGUGCUCAAGAUGGUCCCUCCAGUAUAUCAUUUAUCAUUAAAGUGUAGUUAUGUUAAGAGUUACUUCUUUAAGACUUAAAAGACCUUGUCGCACAAUAGUUGGUCUACUAAAUGGCUGAACAAAAUAUUGUCUGAAAAUAUAUACGUUUAAUUUGUUAAGAAGUACAGUUUUUUAAUAUAGAGUUUUUUGUUGUUUUGUGGAGGUUUUUUUUUACAGCUCUAUCUUAACUUAAUGUUUUAGAGGAUUUUUUGUUUGUUUUUGUUUUAAAGUUUAUCCCCAGAUCGGUUGACAAUGCCCAGAUUGAAAAGUACAAGUUUUGUUAACAAGCUAUUUAGUCAUCAAAUAUCCAGCUUGUUAUUAAUAUUUUGGCAUUUAAUAGAAAUUGGUAGCCUGCAUUAGAUGUAAGGAAUGUACACAGUGUAUAUUUCAUGUUGUAUAAAUCUGUACCAUUAGUGGGUCAGCUGCUGUGUAACCCUUCCUUUAAUUAUAAAGUUACAUGUACAUGCCAAUGAACAAACUAUGAAAUAGUUUAUAUGUUUGUAUACAUAAUUACUUGUGACACAGUUGUAUGGGAGAAAUCUGUGACUGUAAGUCACUAUCAGAUUUUCAUGUUUCAAAUGGUCAUAGAAGUUAAUUUUUAGUUUAGUUUUCAUGCAAGAUUAAAUUUUUACUUGAAAUUAUUUAGUACUAACUUAGCUGAGUAUAUGAAUGUUACUUUUUUAUAGUCUGUUUAAUCAUGCAAACAAUACAAAUUUGUACAUACCCGGUAUAUUUUUUGUUUAUAAUUAAAAUAAUUACAAUAGUUUUUGCAACAUUGUCUAAAUGAUAAAUAUAUGGCUCAGUUUGUUUACCUUGCAUAAUUUCAAUUUUAUUUACAUAUAAUUAUGAAGUAUAAUUUGACAUGUCACCUUAAUUUGUAACAUACUAGUAUUUAAAAGUAAAAUAUACGUAUAUUUUGUUUAAUGCAAGCAAGCUUCUUGUAAAACAAUGUUCUGUAUAUAGAUGCAUGUAUAUGGUCUGUGUAUAUAGGAUUUUUUCAAAAUUUGGUUAGCUCCCCUUACUGCUGGUGCUCUGCAUAUUUGGCCUCAGAUUACAGUUAUCUUCCCAUUUGGUUGUCCAAAAUCCGGAAAUUUGACCGCACAAGUAGUCUGCUGUUUGACUGUGAUUAUUUCAUGGCAGACAGCUAUGAAGUGGCAACUA